CUCGUGGGCCAGGAGCGCAUGCCCGAGUACCAGGACGCCACGGUCAAGCGCACCUUUGCCGUUUUCUUGAAUGCCUUCAAGGACCCCUCGUUCCGCAAGAACAUGGAAAAGGACCGCCGGGUCGAGGACCUGCUGCUGAUCUUCUACUCCAAUGCCACAAAAGAGCUGUCAAAGGGGAAGGCACCGACCGACGACAGCUGGAAGCUCAUGGUGGACCGCCAUGUUGCCCUCUUCCUCCGCCUCGUCAGCUCCUGCCUCAGGGACCACGACUGGGCCAAGGACCGACCGGAACUCACGCAAAGGCUCGCCACCAUGGAGAAGAAGCUUCUGCUACACGAUCAGGAUUUGGCGGCAGAGAACCAGCGCAACGGCGGCCAGGGCGGCACAACCAUUGAAGUCGAAGUUCCCCGGAGCUACGAGGUCAAGGACAUGCCGCUUGUCCUGGUCGUGUCGCGCAUCUUCGCCAUUGGCUAUUCCGAUGUGCAGGCCGACAUCAACCGAUACAAGUCGGUGUGGACCGAGAAGGCUGCCCUGCAAGAUCUCAAGACAUACCAGGCCCAUCUCAGCCUUAUGACAAAGAAGACGCUCAACGCAGAUGACUUCGAUACCGAGGAGGCAUACGAGUCAUGGAAGAACCAAGAGAUUCCAGACCUCUCGCAGAUGAUAUUGGCCAUUAUCCAGUCCAGCCCUGAACUCGCAAAGAGCUCGCCUGGUGGCGCCGUGCCGCAAUUCAAGCCAAAGAUGGCUGUGGACGCAGGCUACUCAGACCCCUCGAGGCAGGGGUCCGCGUCUUCGGAGAGCGGGUCGUCAUAUGUGAUUGACCAGCCUGUAGACAUGAGUGGGCUCAACAUCAGCAAUGACUCAGAUGAUGACUCCUCGUAUACCUUUAUCCCUGCCGAUACACGUGGUACUUACCGUGCAAUACUGACUGAAGCGUUGAAGUAUGACUUGUCGGAUGCGGAGCUCGAACCAACUGAAGCCACUGCCGAAAACCCGUCUGUCAAGCUUCUGUCAAAACAAUCUGCUGAGCUCUUGAAUGAGAUAGCCCUCAGAUGGAGGAUACCUCAGUUUUCCCGCCUUGUCUUGUUCAUGGAUGUUAUACGCGACAAGUACGUCAAUCAGGAGAUCGACCUGGAUACCCUCGACGCAGCCUUCAUCUACGUCAAGGAGCCGCCGCCAGCAGACAAGAAAUCAAAUCGACUGAGCUACAUUCCAGUGCAGGAAUCUUUGUUUGACCGCUCCAAGUGGACAAUUCACGACUAUGCGCUUAACCAGCAGAUUUUGAGUUCAUUGCAUGACUGCCUGUUACGUGAGCUGUAUGAGCUCAUGAUGCAUGUGUACGAGUCCAAACCACCUCCACUUGGUCCUGUCAUGUACGUCCUGGAAAACCACAUUUAUGACGACCCCACCUUUCCCGGUACAGAAGAGGAAAUGGAUAAAUUUACCGAGCAAUUGCGCCAAGGUCUACGGGAGAAGGCUGGUGACGUCUAUCAUGAGCUUCUCACAAAACACAUUCCGGACACCAAGGAAGAGUGGGAAUUUUUCCACGUCAUUGAGCUUGGUCGUGCUGUUGUCAAGUUGUGCGAGCGGAUACAGAAGCGCUAUCGCAAGAACCCGGAAGUCAUGGGCGCCAGUCCGAUGAUGUGUCUUGUCGAGAAGAUAUUCCCUUCAUAUGCCGCCGAUGCGCGAGAUUUGGUCGCCCGGAUCAUGGAUGUUGCUCAGAGCAAAGGAGAGGAAGUGCCGAUUCAGGAUGGAUUUGACCUGUACAAGGAGCUUGUCGAGAUCCGCCGCAUUCACAGCGACGCCUUGCCGGGCCAGAAUUUUGCUUUCAACAUCGAAGAUCAGCUGCAGGAUUUUGUAUGGAGAUGGAUACAAAUGACAGACGAGAACCUGGUUGGCUGGGUCGAAAACGCCUUCAAGGCAGAUCCAUUCCAGAUUCAGUCGCAGAACCCCAUUCCCAUGGACGAUGAGAGACAUAGCGUUUCGGUUGUUGAUAUUUUCCGGUCCUUCAAUCAGAGCAUCGAACAAAUCGUAGCUCUGAAUUGGGACAAUGAUGUCCAUUAUGCCAAGUUCAUGACAGCUCUUUCCAAGUCAAUCGGCUCUGCCCUCGCAAGGUAUUGCGAGCUCGUGGAACAAAAGUUUGCCCGAGAGAUGGACCGUCUGACGCCUGAGCAGGAAGCUGCUGCUAACCAGACCAGACAAGAAAAAUGGCUGUCGACUGUCAAGGAUUUCUACAGCCAAAAGGAGAAGAUUGAGCCCUUCCAGUUCUAUGCCGAGUCUCUCGUCAAACUCAACAACAUUGAAUAUGCGAUGCAGCAGCUAGACAAACUCGAACGCGAGAUUGGCGUCGAUGCUUGCGCCGAGGUGAUCCAGAAGAACGCUCCACCCCAGAACCAGCGCCUUCGCAACAACAAUUUUGUCUUCACCAUCAAGAUAAUUGAAGCCGAAGACUUGAAAGCAUGCGACAUGAAUGGCCUCAGUGAUCCAUACGUAGUGCUUGGUGAUGAGUAUCAGAAGCGCCUGGCAAAGACACGAGUCAUCUACCGCAACUUGAACCCUCGUUGGGAAGAGACCGUUGACAUCACCACAAACGGCCCCCUUAAUGUUGUCGCGACGAUAUGGGACUGGGAUGCCAUGGGCGACCACGACUGCGUUGGCCGAACGUCGCUCAAGCUUGACCCAUCGCAUUUCAGAGACUAUAUGCCCCGCGAGUACUGGCUCGACCUGGACACUCAAGGCCGCUUGCUACUACGUGUGAGCAUGGAGGGCGAGCGAGAUGAUAUCCAGUUUUACUUUGGCAAAGCGUUCAGAACACUUAAGAGGACUGAGCGGGACAUGACACGGAAGAUCACAGACAAGCUCUCGUCAUUCAUUGGCUACAAGCUUUCUCGCCGGUCGCUUGAUGCUCUACUCAACAAGGGCGUUGCCUCCAAGGUGACAAACUACUUGGGCAAUUUCCGAGCUGCACGACCCAUAUCGGUUAUCCAAGGCCCUACACAGCAAGAGAUUGCACAAGCUCUGGGUCCUCUGUUCGUCUACUUUGACGAAAACUUUGCCAUUAUGAAGCAGACUCUGACAGAUGCGGCCAUGAUCAUGGUCAUGACACGAUUAUGGAAAGAAGCGCUAUCAACAAUAGAGUCGUUGCUCGUGCCGCCACUUUCGGACAAGCUCUCGCAACAGCGCCCGCUAACCCAACAAGAGUUGGACAUUGUCUUCAAGUGGCUCAAGAUGCUGUUUGAUUUCUUCCAUGCAGUCGAUGAAGACGGCAACGUCGAGGGUGUGCCGAUGGACGUUCUCAAGUCGCCCAAGUACCACGAGCUGCAGAACCUCAACUUUUUCUAUUUCGAGGCUACCGAAGACCUCAUCCGCACAUCUGAAUCCAUGGCUGCAGCCAGCGCAAAGCGACAGCAAGAGCAAGCCCAGCGCAUGAACCGCAUGUCUGCCCCACCCGCCAUGGGCCACCAAUUUGGCGGCGCUGCAGGCUUUGCAGGCAUGCCGACUCGAAAACACAAAACCAUCAUGCUGUCGCGUAACCUGGGGACCAUGAAGAAGGCCAAGGAAGAAAAGAGAAAGGAAGCUCAGGCUGAGCCAAACGACGACAUGAUACUCAGGAUUCUGAGAAUGAGACCAGAAGCGGAGAGGUAUCUGAAAGACCGCAGUAGGCAAAAGGAACGUCUCGCCGCUGCCCAAGCAGCAGAGGCAAUUGUGCGUCAGAGCCUCAACGCGGGUGGUGGCCGCAUGGGCCCCCCGCGUCGGUAAAUGGGCAAAGGGGAGGGGAGGCUAUAUCGACUCGGCAUGUUUAUGGGGAUCUGGGGCUGGGCUGGGCUGGGCUAGCUGGCGUUUGGUUCGACAGCGUUUUCCGUCUGAUACCUCUUCGGCAUUAUUUCUUCUAUAUCCUUCCAUGGCUGGCUUUGUUUUUCUGUCAGCAGCUAAGGGGAUGCAAACAGGGUAUUUGGCGUCUUCAUUUGAGGUGUUUUGUGGAAAGGAGAUGGAAGACGUUAGUAUGGUAUAUCUUAUUUAAUCACGACUCUCUAUAGGGAAC